CUUGAAAAAUAUCGAUAAAAGCAGGGAUUGUGGUGAAGUUGGAAGUUGCAGAGCUGAGUGAGACAGAAACAGUUAAACAGAAACGGAAGAGAGACGAUGCAUCCGUACGUACACGACUUCUCUGUAUUGGACCUCAAUUUCAGCUGCGCUUACGCUGACACCGUCAUCAACCCCUUCGCUUAUCGUCGAUCGCUGCUAAACGACGAUUACUUUCUUCCCCAAAACGACGCCGCUUCGCUCUCUCCCAAGCAUCGCCACGAUGGAACCUCCCCUCUCCCUCUCGGCAUGGAUUGGAGCCCUCCCCCUCGCAAAUGGGAUGGCCGCAACUCAGUUUGGCCUCAUGAUCCUCACACGGGUUGGAGUUUCUGUGUCACUGUUCCUUCCUGGGUUACUGUUCCCCAAUCCGGUGGUUCUGAACCUGUUGUGUUUUACAGGGUUCUAGUUGGUAUACAAUCCCCGGAGGGAGUCACUAGUACGCGAGUGAUAUUGCGCAGAUUUAGUGAUUUUUUGAAGCUUUUUUCUGAUCUGAAGAAGGAAUUUCCUAUGAAAAACUUGCCUCCUGCUCCAUCGAGAAAGGUUUUGAGAAUUAAAAGCCAUGCACUUUUGGAAGAGCGAAGGUGCUUAUUAGCAGAUUGGAUGGAAAAACUGUUAUCAGACAUUGAUGUAUCAAGAAGUGUCCCAGCAGCAAUGUUUCUUGAGCUAGAAGCUGCUGCUAGAUCUGCAUUCCAUGAUGUGAAUCAGCAUAUAUCAGAGAAAACAUCUGCUAGUGGUGCUACACCAUCAAUUAUGUUCCGUGAUAGUUCACAUGGUUCUGUAAAUGCUGAUAAUUCAUUCAUUACAUCCGAGUCUGGUAACGAUACCUCUUAUGAGGUUUCUGAGCUGGGAUCACCGCGGCAUGGAAAAGAUAAAUGCUCUGGUCGUAGCAUGGAGAAUUCAACAUUGGAACAUAAUUUGAUUAAUUCGACUCAAACUCAUGAUCGUGCUGCAUCCAACAAAGGUUUUACUAAGGAGGAUAGUAGUGCGGACAAGGUCACUGCAAAUACUACUGAUGCUAUAGCUCUUCGCCUGGAUGGAACUGAGUUUCAACCUGGAACACAGAAGUCUAAGUUGAAUGUUCAUGUCAAGAGACUAUCAACGGAGAGCAUUGACAGUGAUUUUAGUUCUGUACAGAAUAGCGAGACAUCAAAUUCAGCUGCGAACAGUUUGCUUCAGGAUGUUUCUCAUCAUCAUGAGAGCUGUGAACCAUCCAGAAACUCUUUGGUGACUUUACCACUGUAUGAGCGACACAAGUUGAACAGAGUACUUACUACUCAGCAGCAAAGACUGGUCACAGCGAAAACGGAUGUCGAGGAUCUUCUAGCAAGGUUGAACCAAGAAAUGGCUGCAAGACAGUAUCUCAUGACCAAGGUCAAAGAUUUAGAAGUUGAACUUGAAACAACUCGAUUGAACUGCAGAGAAAACAUGCAGCAGGCUGUUUUGACUGAAAAGGAAAGAUUUACGCAGAUGCAGUGGGAUAUGGAGGAACUCCGGAGAAAGUGCCUGGAGUUGGAAAUGAAAUUGAAGUCUGAAGAGGAUGAAAGGGUGCUAGCAGAAUCAACAAAAGAAUCUGUUAUCCAGGAGAAGCAACUAUUGCAGCAAGAGCUAGAUGCAGCUAGAGAACAACUUGAGCAGUUGCAGAAAUAUCAUGACGAAUUUGAGACAAAAUCAAAGACAGAUUCAAAGUUGCUAGUAAAGGAGGUCAAGUCACUGAGAAGCUCUCAGUUAGAACUGAAACAGCAGUUAAGUGACUUGAUGAAGGAAAAGAUAGAUGUGGAGAGAAUUCUCCAGAAGGAAAGACAAAGAAUGGAACUUUUACAUAAUGCUAAUUCAAAGUUGCUGCAUGAGUGUGGAAUCCUUCAAAGGAGGCUUAAGGAGUGCAGUGUAAACUUCCUUGUUGAAGAGGAAGAUAAACUGACUGUUGACGCUUCACCAUCUGAUGCUUUGGAUUUAUUAGCAACAUCUGAUAACCGGAUUGGUCUUCUGCUUGCAGAGGCACAACUAUUAGCACAGGAUGUAGAAAAUGCAGGUGUUGCUCUGGACGAGUCACGUGAUACAGCAAAUUCAGGUGCGACAGGAACAACUCCUCCUCAUGAUGAGUUGAGGAAGAUGCUGGCAGAUGUGUUUGUAGAUAAUGCCAGCUUAAGGAAACAAAUAAAUUCUGUCAUUCGUUGUGCUCUAAAUUCCAAUAUAAAAUCAGGGGAGGGCGAGGAAGGGGAGGAGGAGGAGGAGGUCCAUUUGCAAAAAACCGUUCUAAGCAAGUUCUUGGAAAGAUGACGUGUUUCUACUUUCUAUACUGCAUGUAUACCCAAUGGCAAUGCUCGAGUCUUUUUAUGUUAUAGGCUCUCAUGAUUAUUAGCGUAUUUAGAACGAUGGUGAUGCAGCAGGAUGCUGUUAGAAAAAAACUAGGGUGAAAUAGAAAUUAAAGAUAAAGAUAAAUAUGGAGGACAAAAAUUGUACUUAUUCCUGGAUUAGUUUUAAGGUGUUAGACCAUAAAAACGUUUGUUCAUCUGUUCAUUUGUUCA